AUGUUUAUUUGUCUCCUCCUUCUGUUAAUAGAUCUCAGAUAUCUUUCUUGUACGAUCAUUUAUUUAGUCGGUAUUAUACGACAAGUGCGACGACUUGAUCCGGCUUCCCGCAAGGACGUUCUCGUAAACAGAGAGAGAGGAAGGGAUCGCGGGCUUUCGCAAGGAGGCCGUAGAUUCCACGAGGAAGCAAGGCCUCUUCCCGGGAAGCGCGCGGCGUCGGAUCGUCGGAUGCCGAGGAAGCCGCUCUCGCGCCGAAGAGGCGAGAAAGAAGGGACGAUCGAGAGAGAGCGAGCGAGAGCAAUGAGUGGUCGCUGACCCGGUCGGAACGUUGACUCCAUGUAGUCAGUCUCCUCCCUCCCUUUCCCCGUCAUCCUCCUUUACAUUUUCCCCUGGGUUUUGCCGUGUAGCCGUACCUUCGAUUACGCGGAGUUACCUUACCUUCCCCGUUCGCUUCGCUACACCUCGCCUCAUCUCGUCGCGCAUCGCCUAUGAGUUUGCCCGACGAUGGCGUAUCUCAUCGUCGCGUUCCCGAGGAAUUUCCGAUCUCCUCCUUUCCCACCCUUCCCCCCUUCUAUGGAUCUUCCUACACGUCAAGUUUUUCCUUCUUCAACUUUUCCGUUGGAUAUCAGUAGGUAUCUUUACUUUCCGUUUUACCUCCUAAUGCGCCGAUCGCCGUUACUCGGAGCAUCCCGCUGACUUCGCCCAUUCAUUUUUCCUUGUCCAUCGUAUUUCCAGUUUUAUGUCAACGGAGAGAGAGCGAGGUGUUCCUUCCUUGCGACUGGUUGAAAAAUGCAAAACUGUCAUUGUCAAUUUCGAAGAUCCACGACACGUCAACGUCGACAAAUGUUUUGAAAUGAGAUUUGAAUAAAGCAUCCUUGACAUUUUUAUGACA